AUGAAGGCCGCUUCACUGCUUUAUGUGCUUUCGGCCCCAUUGCUCUUUGUCAACGCGGACACCAAUUCGACCGAUCACCAGCAGUGGGAAGAAUCACUUGAUGCCUUCAUCAUGAUUCAACAGGACAUAUCACUGCAGGGGAUGCUAAACAACAUCGUCGAUGGUAUGGUGGUUGCUGGUCGGUCAGAUCCAGAUUACUGGUUUACGUGGACCAGAACAGCUGCGUUGACUUUCAAAAUUCUCAUCGAGCGCUCUAAUAGCGAGUACUGGGAUAUGAGGGACACCCCAGAGAUUUCCGAUCACAUAGCCGAUUAUGUGUUAUCACAAGAGGAGCUGCAGACCGUUCGGAAUCCCUCUGGUGGCAUUAGGUCGGGAGGUCUUGGGGAACCCAAGUUCAACGUCAACGGCACUGCUUUCAACAGUGCCUGGAACCGCCCUCAACAAGAUGGUCCGGCGCUCCGUGCUAUAACUCUCAUCAUCUAUGCCGAAAAGCUCCUUGCGAACGCAGGAUAUUUGGAUCAAGACUCAGACGUAUGGGAGAUCUGGCCGAGCAUACAGGAAGAUCUCGAACACACUGUUCGAUACUGGAAUCACACGAGCUUUGAUAUGUGGGAAGAAACAAAGGGCUCUUCGUUCUUCACUCUCUCAGCAUCACAUCGCGCUUUGGUUCAAGGCAUCGAUCUCGCAGAGAGAUUGGGCGAACGCUGUGACGGCUGCGCUGCUACCGCUCCGCAGAUACUGUGUCUCAUGGACAGAUUCUGGGACCUGAAGCACAUGCACGCAAACCUCAACGCCAAAGGUCAACGAAGCGGUAUCGAUGCAGGAACUAUCCUAUCCUCUGUUUACACGGCUCUAGCCAAUCACAAGACAGUGACCGACUCCUUCCGCCCUUUAUACGGCAUUAACACCGGCAUUGCGCAAGGCCAGGGAGUUGCCGUUGGAAGAUAUCCUGAGGAUAAUAAUCACGGCGGUAACCCGUGGUAUGUGACCACGCUCGGCGCUGCAGAGCAGCUCUAUCGAGCGGGACUUCAGUGGCAGGACCAAGGACAAUUGACGAUUGACGAAACCUCGUUACCCUUCUUUCGCGACCUACUACCAACGAUAUCUGUCGGCACCUACCGCAGUGGUUCCGAUCCGGCCAUCUUUCAAUCGGUCUUAUCCGCUGUACGAAACUAUGCGGAUAGCUACAUGGCCUUAGUACAGAAAUACACGCCCACCGAUGGAGGCCUUCCAGAACAAUUCGACAGAAACAACGGCGUGGCUGUUUCUGCCUCGAACUUCACCUGGUCACACGCUGCAUUUUACACGGCCGCGAAUGCACGCGCCAGUGUAAGAGGAUAUUUCUGGCCUGAGCUGAUAAACCAUUCCUUCAGUUCGUCGCAAUGUUACUGUCACGUUCGUGUGACCUUCAGGGUUCGUUCUGAUCCGGGUAAGGUGUUGUAUGUUGUUGGCGAUGUCCGAGAGCUCGGAGAUGGGAAGAAGGAGGAUGCAAGAAUGUUGAGACAAGAGCGUGGUGGCUCUGAAUUCCAAUACCAAUACGCCAACUACUCUGCGCAGAUCGAACUACCUGCGUCGACAAGGAUCAACUACCACUACUUUAUGUUGGGUGUCGGACGUCCCAAGGAGGAGGCCAAGUAUGAGUAUCGGCAUAUCGAAACAGGCGAUUGUGGAAGCGAUGUUGAGAUACUUGGCGACGUCUUCAUUCCCCGUUACUGA